CUGAGAAACCUAACACUCAACCCAUCCAAAAUCCUCCCAAAUUUCACUAAAAUAACUCACCCAAACACAAACUCACACCAUUUUCGAUCCAUUGCUCUAAGAUUCGUGCAUAGUCAUACAAAAUGGUGAGGACUAAAAGAGUUGUAAAGAAAGCAAAGGGGCAGGCGGCAAGCACGUCUGGAGGGCGUCGAAGGGCUGAGCAAAGUCCUGAGUACAAUGGUGAAAGCACAGACACGGAGCAGAGCCGGAUCAAUUUAGGACACCAUAUUAUGAGACAAAUGGUGUAUUCUAGGGGUAGAUCGACACUCGCACUAGUGUAUGGUACUUGCAUCACUGUACUUAUGGAAAAUGCGGGUGUUGAUUUGCGUGGUAUAGAGUCCCGAGACCUACACAGUCACGAGCUUUUGAAUGAGAGUUCACUGAACAAAAUGGGGUAUGUAUUCAGUGCAAGAAUAAAUUCUUGGGAAAUGAAGCAGAAAAGGAGAAGAGAAGGACAAGAUGAUGAAGGUGAGGGCUUUGAUGAUGAAGAACAUGCCAAAGAAACUGAAGAAGCAGGUCCCUCACAAGCUACUUCAUCUCGAGUUCCUCAGAGAUUAACCACACAGAGAGGAAUGCAACUCAUUCUCGAGAGACUUGCACGGAUUGAAUCAAAGCUUAAUGAUCACAUUCGUGAGUGUCAAAUGGCAGCACCUAUAGGUCCUUGAGGGACAAGAGGAGAUCCAUCUACUGCUGGCACAUCCUCCGGAUAGCAACCCACUGAUCCCUUUUCAAAUCCGGAAGCAUAAAUCCUCCCGUUGCAG